CGGAAGUCCAAAUCGUGGCCGUGUUGUGAAGCAGUGAAGCGAAGGGAAGCGAGACUCAACGCUUUCAGUUACAGGCGAGUGCGCGAGCGGAGGCUGCUGCUGCUUUCUCCUGUUUGCAGGUUUGGAACUGCUUGAUUAUUUUCAGUCACACAUACAACCCAACCACCGGUCCGCCAUGAGCAGCAGUUACAGCGUGUCCCUGAUCGGACCCUCGCCCUGGGGCUUCAGACUGCAGGGGGGCAAAGACUUUAGCAUGCCUCUCACCAUCUCCAGACUGACAGAUGGAGGAAAAGCAGCCAAAGCAAAGAUCAGCGUCGGAGACGUCGUGCUGUCCAUCGACGGCAUCGCAACCGACACCAUGACUCACCUGGAGGCUCAGAACAAAAUCAAAGCCUGCACGGGCAACUUAAGCCUCACCAUUCAGAGAGUGUCCAGUGUUCCCAAAGGCCCUGUUCCCAAGGAAGAAUCACCAGAGAUCAUUAAACCCGUGCCCAUCAGUCACCCACCUGCUCCUGCCCCUAGUGCCAACUCUGCCAACCCUCCCCAGAGUAAUGCCUACAACAAGACAGCCCGCCCGUUUGGAGCGUCAUCCAAUUUUAGAGCAAUCAGCCCGUCUUCUACUCCCACAGCACCCAAAGCCUCCAUCCCUUCUGCCUCCUCAGCUUUCACCCCUGCUGCUCCCUCCCAGCAACCUCCACCACAAUCUGCACAAGGCCCACAACCUCCCUUUCCACUGGCCAGCAGCUCCACCUCCCGCACAGUCUCCUCUCUUAACCCUUCCUACAAACCCAGCUCAGCCUACUCCCCCUUCUCUCACUCCUCCUCCUCCUCCUCAUCCUCUGGCUCAUCUUCACCAGCCAGAGUGACAGGCCCUGCCCCCCCAUCUGCUCCCACCGUCCCACCGCCUUCGGUCUAUAACACGCCAAUUAAUUUGUACUCCAAUGAGAAUGCAUGUGAGGUGGCCAUGGGUCAGAGGCGUGGCUUGCUGGACCAACAAGGUGGAGUGGAGCAUCAAAAUGGUGGGCCUCACAGUAUUCUUAAAAAGACUCCGCCCAGAGUUCCCAGGAAGCCCAUCGCUGAGACAGAGCUGGUAGUCAAUCACGGCUCUCACCUGAGUGACGCCAGUAAAAAGCGGCUGAUCGAGGACACUGAGGACUGGCACCCACGCACUGGAACCUCUCAGUCCCGCUCCUUUCGCAUCCUGGCACAGAUCACAGGCACAGAGAACGAACCUGCCCACGAGAGCAACAGUCCUGGAAAGAAUGAGGCUGUAGAGGACGUUCAUGCGAACACUCAUUCCAUGUCCAUGGUUAAAACUAUGAGCAAAGUGUCCUGCCCUGGGAAUGGAGUCCCUGCUCCUAUCACUGCACCUGCCAAGAGCUGGCAAUCUGGGAACACUGCAGGACUUCCUAAAGCGGGUGUGCCAGCGGUGCAUACAGGGCGAGUGACUGGCGGCGCUCCGAAGGGUCUUGACCGCCCCGCACCCCAGCCUCACCCCAAAGACCAGGAUUCACUGGUGCAAAGAGCAGAACACAUCCCUGCUGGAACUCGCACUCCCAUGUGUGGUCACUGCAACAUGGUUAUCAGGGGUCCAUUCCUGGUGGCUAUGGGGAAGUCGUGGCAUCCAGAGGAGUUUAACUGCGCUCACUGCCACAGCUCUCUGGCUGAUGUGGGCUUUGUGGAGGAACGCGGCGCUGUUUACUGCGAGCACUGCUACGAGCGGUUCUUCGCCCCCUGCUGCUGCCGCUGCCAGCAGAAGAUCCUCGGGGAAGUCAUCAAUGCCCUGAAGCAAACCUGGCAUGUGUAUUGCUUCCUGUGUAGCUCCUGCCAGCAGCCCAUUCGCAACAACACUUUCCACCUUGAGGAUGGACAGCCCUACUGUGAAAGAGACUACUACAAUCUUUUCGGUACCAGUUGCCAUGGCUGCGACUUCCCCAUCGAGGCAGGGGACAAAUUUCUGGAGGCGCUGGGCUUUACCUGGCACGAUACCUGCUUCGUGUGUUCUGUGUGCAGCACCAGUCUAGAAGGUCAGGCUUUCUUCGCCAAAAAAGACAAGCCGCUGUGCAAGAAGCACGCACACACUGUCAAAAUCUGAUCUCCACGACUAAGCAGACCGAUGGGAUGAAAUGUUUGUAUUUUUUAAAAAGCUCAAUCAGCUUUUAGUGUUUAUUAUGAGAGAGAUUUUUUUUAAGGUAUUGAUAAAGACGUUACUGGGAAAAGUGGUUAGUUCUCCGAUCCAAUGUUCGUUAGUCUUUUUUUGUGUUUCUUUCUCUUUGCGGCGCACUAUGAAAUAAAGUAUUGAUGAGAAUUAUGAUGCUUUCGAAGACAGUAAUAUAUAGUUUGCUUUAUAUGUUAUCUGUCCUUUUCAGUGGACGCAUUGUUGAUUAUUUUUCUUUUUUUCUUAAAUGUUUUUAAAGUGUUUCUUCAUCUUUUUCUAUUGUCAGUGCAUCUGCUAUAAUAAAACAAAGGAAAAAGGUAAUUGUAUGUAGUCAACAUGAAAAUGUGGGGUCAGAUUUUUCUUUUUUCGGGCGGGUGAGAGCUCCGAAAAAUCGGAACUUCACUGAAACUAAAUUGCAAAAAAUUUUUGUUCAUGUGUUCUAGAACUUUCCACAUAAGCUUCAUUAAUUAAAGAUGUUUUUAUCCAG